GUUAAGCAGAAUAUCUCAUUUUUUUUUUAAUCGUUAUCUUUCCGUAAAAAAUGUUACGAAGAAAACCUUCCAAUGCAUCAGAAAAGGAGCAAAAUCGAAAACCAAAGUUGCUUUCCUUCGAUGCCAAGGAGAUCAAGGGUGGAAUCUUACCACCAUAGUCCCUGCUGAAAUGGCAAGACCAUUUUUGGGUCUGGAAUCCAAUUCAUUCAAUAGUGUGCCUAACAGUUGCUCUUUACUGGAGCAAGCCAAUUGACAUCCUGCCUCCAGACUCCAGCUCUCUUUGCAAAGAUCAAGCAGCUUCAAGCACUUUGAACGCUCAAAGCCUCCAUCAUCGCCGUUGGUUACUGACCAAGAACUCAAUUUUAAUGAAAGUGAGGGGAUGACUGAUGCUAAGGAGGCUAGCAUAGAAGAGCCCACCAAAUCUGGAAACAGACUCGGAAAGAAAUGGCGAGCUGUUAUUUCACGUACUAUGAAUAGGAAGACAGGUCGAAUGAUGGUGAAAGCUUUGGCAGAAGAGAGGAGCGAAAGUGGGGAAGAGAGCCCCAUGUCUCCAAUGGCACCCGAUGACCUUAUGUACUUGCGACUAGGGGACAGUGCCUCAUACUCACCCAGUGAAUCAGAAGAGAAUCUCAACAGCCCACUCAGUAGACAGGCUUCAAGCUGUGGAGAUCCUUGCACCCCAGAUUCAGAAUUCAGCAAUAGGGAGAGCAUGCAAAUGGACAACCUUCCUCCUUACCUUGGACCAUUCUGUGGCCGUGCCAGGGUCCACACAGAUUUCACCCCAAGUCCUUACGAUGUAGAAUCUUUAAAACUCAAGAAAGGAGAUAUCAUAGACAUAAUUGAGAAGCCACCAGUAGGUACAUGGACUGGCAUGCUAAAAAACAAAGUAGGAUCCUUUAAAUUUAUCUAUGUCGAUAUUCUACCAAAUGAAGUAGAACAACCGAGGAGAUCAAGGUUGUUCACCAAGAGCAAACGGCCCAAACCCAAGACCCUGCAAGAGUUAUUGGACCGGAUUAAUCUACAGGAGCAUACCUCCACUUUGUUGCUUAAUGGUUACCAGACCCUGGAUGACUUCAAAGAGCUGAAAGAGACACAUCUGAAUGAACUCAAUAUCCUAGAUCCUGAGCAGAGAGCCAAAUUACUCACAGCUGCUGAACUCCUCAUGGACUAUGACACAGGAAGCGAGACAGAAGAGCACGGAGAUAAUACUGAUGCACAACUGUCAAGCUCAGCUCCUCUGUGUGAUAUUCCACGGGAUUCAGGCUGCUAUGAAAGUUCAGAGAAUUUGGAGAACGUACAGGAACAUUCUGAAUUAAGCACCACUGAGGAGCAAACAGAGCCCUCCUACUGAAGACUGAGGUGGAUCGCUAUAUUCGCUGUUUAAUGGUCUCUAAUGCUGACAUCUAGUGGCUUAAAGAAUACAAAACAAGGUGGCUUGGAAACUGCAAAAGCUUCUUUUGCACCAAGCUGCAACAUAUAACAUGAGAAGAAUUUGUAAAGUAUUCAAAGAAUGCUGUGAAUUCAGAACUCUGUAUGUGUGUGUUUGAUGUUUAUUCUAAAUUCUCCCAUACGCUAUCCAGUUUUAGCAAUUUACAGAAAGGAACAUUUUGUGGAACUUUGUGCCAUAGAAAUCAUGUGCAAGUUCAAGGAUCCAAAUAUAACUCCAUUGCAUUGGAUUACAGAACUGACAGCUGUGUGCCUUCCUCGCCAGAAGAUGCUAUGUGCACAAAUAUUUGUCCAUUUAUUCAACUUUUGGUGAUAUUUCAUCAAUGCAUACUGUGAGCAUAGAAUAGCAGAUAUAAGGGUCAAUUUUACAAAUGUACAUGCUAAGUGGGGAGCCCUAUUUACUGCCCAUAUAAAUCAGGAAAUUAUGGGCAAAUUCCCCACAAUGUUCUGAUGCCAAUGGCUAGUGGAUGAAGGCUGUAACUGUAUAUUGCCAGCUAUUUUGGUUUUUCUAUCUCCAUCCCUCAAAGGCUGGAGUUGCAUGAUGAACAUUUGGAUCUAAUUAUGGCAAAGGUCUGCUUGGUGGUGGAUGCAAUUAUACGCCCAAGAUGAUGUGCUGCAUUUUUUUUUAGAGCUUAUAUAUAUUUCAGGAAUGGGUUUCACGUCUUUCUAAAAUCCAAUUAUAUUUUGCUCAAAGAUUUUGUACUGGUGAAGACCUGACUAUGAAAUCAAUGGAUUUUAAAGAAAUUUCAUCUGCAUUUUAUCUUUACAUUUUUCUCAUUUUAUAAGCUGUGUACUUCAGGUUAAAUAAAGAGUUCCUUUGCAUAAA